AUGGCGCGGUGUUUUGACGGUGCUCACAGGUGGUAUAAUGAGUUGUGUGGGGCGCGGCGCGGAGUAUCGAGCGUGCCGGCGGCGGCGGCGGCGGCGCGCGCAGCAGUGCAACGGGCGCCUGAAGCCCGGCCGGCCGCGUUCACAGUGUUAGAUGCGUCCUCCACCGGCCGCAAUAUACAGCCGGCCGCGCGAGGCGGCCCGACCGCCUACCGCGAACACUUCCCAUAUCCCUUUCAUAUUAGGUACCCCCAUCCUGAUGCGGUAAACAAACCCCAUGUGAUAGUGAUGUGA